AUUGCCAUCAUCAUUUGUGCAAUACGAAUGGCGGCGCAUCAAAUUUUACUCCUUUGUUUGUUACUACUAUUAGCGCCGUUGCGGAAUGGACAAACCACGCCGACCACGAGAGCCCAGGCCGAUUUGGUUAAUCAACUGCCAGGGACUAUUUUUCAGGUGAACUUCAAACAGUAUGCGGGUUACCUCAACUCUGAUCCCAACAAAAACUACAACAAUCUUCACUAUUGGUUAAUCGAAUCUCAACUGACCCCUUCCAAUGAUACGCUCCUUCUUUGGAUUAAUGGAGGUCCGGGAUGUAGUUCAGUUUUCGGGCAGAUCCAGGAAAUCGGCCCAUUCCAUGUGUCUAGUGAUAGUCAGACGGUGUAUGAAAAUGUGUUUGCUUGGAACAAGGUGUCCAAUUUGCUUGCCAUCGACGGUCCGGGCGCCGGCUUCUCAUGGCAACAAAAUCUCUUUCAAGACGACAGCUACGUAACUGGUGCUCUUCUUAACGCUCUCAUGGAUUUCUAUACGGUGUAUCCAAAUAUGCUAAACUCUGAUCUCUACAUUGCUGGUGAAGGAUACGGAUCUUUCUUUGCUUCGUCGUUGGUAGAAUCUCUGAUGGUGAAUAACACUCCAAGACCGGACAUUGUUACCUCUCCAGUUAAUAUUCGAGGACUUCUUCUUGCAAAUGGUGACUUGAGUGCUCGCCUCCAAUACAACAGUCUCAUCCCAUUCUACUACACUCAUGGAUUUGCCGGAUCAAAACAAUAUGACGAUCUCAAAUCAGUUUGUUGCACAAAUGCUUCCACCCAAACUUGCGAUUUUUUCAACAGUAACACAGCAUGCAGAACCAAAGCUGACAACGCAAUUGCCACUUGGUCAAAUUAUCAAAUUGACAACACAAACAUCAACGAAGACUGCUACAGAAACCAAGCUGCAUGGCAAACAUCCUUCAAACAACUUGGAAUUAAUGCAGCUGUAGAUAACUACAACUCAACGGACUCAUUCAGAGGAUAUCCAUGCUUUGCACUUUCAGCCACCGCCGCUUAUUUAAACAGACAAGAUGUUCAAGCUGCACUUCAUGUUAGUGUGAAUGCAAGUACAAACUUCCAGACUUGCAGAAAUCUGACAUACGGAGAACUCUCAACGGAUUUGCAAAUCCGAAUUUCCUCAAUUCUAACAUCCGAGAAGUAUGCUCAAAAUAACAUGAAAAUCAUGAUCUACAAUGGAGAUCUGGAUCUCUGGAGCAACUUUAUUGGUGCUCAAAGAUUUGGACAAGAAAUUGCGGCAGCUCUCAAGUUGAACACAACCGAGGAUCGCAUUUGGAGACAUAACUAUGAUUCGGCAGCAUUUGUGUGGAUGGAUGGUGGAGUUAUUACUAGUUACUCGAGCAAUUUUCAUAUCGCAUCCAUUAGAGGUGGCGGUCACUUCGCACCACAAAACCGUCCGUCACAAUCGCUACAACUAUAUCGCGACUUCGUCUUAGGACUGUUUUUCAACAAUUGCCUCAGCCGAGUUAACAAAGUCGCCGCGCCAUUGCUGCCCGCUUAUCAACAACUUGCCGCGCCAGCUACUCGUCGUGAUGCUGAUAAGAUUGUGAAUCUACCAGGACUCACAUACCAAAUCAAUUUCAAUCAAUACUCGGGAUACUUGAACGCUUCAGACACCCACCGUUUCCACUAUUGGUUCGUAGAAUCUCAGAAUGACCCCACCAACAGCCCAGUGCUGCUCUGGUUGAAUGGUGGACCUGGAAGUUCUUCCCUAUGGGGAAUGCUCACAGAAAACGGACCAUUCCGUCCGAAUAAAGACGGGCAAACAUUGUAUGAGAAUGUUCACUCCUGGAAUAAAUUUGCCAAUGUUCUCUACCUCGAGAGUCCACACCAAGUAGGAUACUCAUACUCAACGGUUGCUAACGAUUACACUUAUGGAGAUGACUUGACUGCUUCGGACAACUAUAACGCUCUCAAAGACUUUUUCAACAACAUCUUCCCACAAUACAAGCAAAAUCCAUUUUACAUCACCGGAGAGUCAUAUGGUGGAGUAUACAUUCCAACCCUGUCGAAGCUCCUUCUGCAGAUGCUCAGUGCCGGAGAAAUUAACAUAAACUUUAAGGGAAUCGCCAUCGGUAAUGGAGAAUUGACUACCAAGCUGCAAGUGAACUCUGCUAUCUUCCAACUCUACACAUAUGGACUUUUCGGAGAAAAUGAAUACAACGCUCUUGUUGCAAGAUGUUGCAAGAAUGUGACUGACCCAACUCAAUGUGAUUUCUACACCCCAUACGUCUUCUUCGACUAUCUUGGCAACUACAAAGCAGUUGACGGAGCUGAUCCAUUCUGUUCUUCCACAAUCCUUGGUGUUGUUAACGAUCAAGUCUGGAACUCUGCCAACAAUCCGUACAACAUCUAUGGUGAUUGUUAUACCACAUCUGCUAGUUCUUCUUCUUCCUCAUCCUCCAAAUCCAACAAGCAAAACCGAGCGGCAGUCAGAGAUAACGCUGGACUGUUAAACCUCGCCUCAUCUGAUCCUUUUGAUGGAUUCCCGUGCUGGAGUACUGAUGCAACAACAACUUAUUUGAACCGAGACGAUGUUCGAAAUGCACUCCAUAUUCCGACCACUGUGCAGCAGUGGCAAUCUUUCAACCAAACCGUCAACGCACAGCUCUAUAAUCGCAGUUAUUUCGAGUUGGACGCAGUUUUGAAUCGUAUUCUGUCUAGCUAUUACUACAAACAAAAUAAUAUGAAAAUCCUGAUCUACAACGGAGAUGUUGAUAUGGUGUGCAAUCAUCUUGGAGACCAAUGGCUGAUUGAGCAGGUUGCAAGUAAUGCUGGAUUGAAGACCGUUUCUCCACGUCAGCCAUGGAAUUAUGUGAUGGCUGGGCAAAACUAUCUUCCACAGCUUGCAGGAUAUGUGAAGGUGUUCGAUUCGAACCUUAACCUUGUCACUGUCAAAGGAUCAGGACACUUAGUACCACAGGAUCGUCCAGGACCAGCAUUGCAAAUGAUUUUCAACUUUAUCAGUGGCGUCAAUUUGAACACUACAUUCCCAUAUGCUCUUCCGGCAGCACCACUUCUUCCAGCUUAUAGCGAUCUUCAAGGAUGUCAAGCCCCACAAUACCCAACUGCUCAGUCUCUUCCAACUCUACCGCCACUUCCACCACUUCCACCAGGUGUCACCUAUCCAUUUGUGGCUAAGAAGGAUGUAGUGGAGGUAGCAGAACCCGGAACCAUCGCAGCUGAUGAACACGGAUCCCAAAUCUACCCAACAGCAUUGAAUGAUGCCGCUAAGGCUGAUAUGAUUCUGAGCUUGCCUGGACUAACAUUUAAUGUGACUUAUCGCAUGUUCUCCGGAUACCUGACUGCUGACGAAACUCCACUGAACCAUUUGUUUUAUUGGUUUGUUGAAUCUCAAAAUGAUCCGGUGAAUGAUCCAGUUGUAUUGUGGCUUAAUGGAGGUCCAGGGUGCAGUUCUUUAGGUGGAUUCUUCACAGAACUUGGGCCAUUCCAUCCAAACGAUGAUGGUGGUCAAACUCUUUACGAAAAUGUUUUCUCCUGGAAUAAGAAAGCAAAUGUUAUCUUCCUCGAGGCCCCGGCAAAGGUUGGAUUCUCAUAUACCGAAGAUCCAAAUUACUAUUGGGAUGAUGAUACUACUGCUCAAAACAACGGAUACGCCAUCAAAUCAUUCUUCCAGAAGAAGUUCCCACAAUACGCCCAGAAUCAAUUCUUCAUCACAGGAGAGUCAUACGGAGGAGUCUAUUGCCCAACGUUGACAUUAAACUUGGUCCAACAAAUUGACGCCGGAAUUUUGAAUUUGAAUUUUAAGGGAACCGCUGUUGGAAACGGAAUUCUCAGUGAAUACUUGCAAACGAAUUCGGAAAUUGUUCUUCAAUACGGACGAGGAUUCAAUGGAGUGGAUGACUGGAACAACUUGAAAACAGCAUGCAACUUGACAAACUCCGAUACAAUCUACUAUGACUACCAAGGUGCUCCCGAAGGGUCUGCGUGCUACCAGGCAGUUGAUGAUAAUCAGAAAAAAUUUUAUGGCUUGGAUGAGAGAUACGGAGACCCAUAUAAUAUGUACCAAGAUUGCUACCUUUACAACAACAAAGGAGCAUGGCAAACACCAUCUGCUCAGCAACAAACCAAACCAAAGACUCGUAGAGAACGUGCUCUAAGAGCCCAUAUGAACCGUCGCAAGUCGUUUGCUUCUGCAUCCAUCAAAUUUGAUAACUCCAACUCUAAAAAUUGGUAUGGAUCGACUGAUCCGUUCCGUGGACUCAACUGUUUUGCUGGCGACGCACUCGUAACCUACCUCUCUCGUGACGAUGUGCAAACCGCAAUUCAUUCAAGGAAGCAACCUCUCUGGGUAGACUGUGCUGACGAGAACCCAGCAAAUCACUUUAGAUACCAUACCCAAGAGAAGUACUACGACAUGCAAAACACAAUUAGUGAUAUUAUGGAUUCCAAAUGGUACACUCAGAACAGUAUGAGACUCAUGUUCUACAACGGAGACGUGGACACCAUCUGCCAGUUCCUUGGAGAUCAGUGGUUGAUCGAAAAGCUGGUGACAAGACGUAAUUUAACGGUAACUUCUCCACGUCAACCAUGGUACUACCAACAAGGAAGCCAAUACGUUACAACCAUUGCUGGAUAUGCCAAGUCUUGGACUCAAAACUUGGUUCAACUCACUGUCAAGGGAUCAGGUCAUUUCGUUCCUUCUGAUCGUCCAGCUCAAGCUCUUCAAAUGCUCACCAAUUUCUUGAGCAAUCAGGCUAAUUACAGCACUCCGGCUGGAAUUGAUGUGACCCCUCAGCCUCUGACCAAUGUGAUUUCUCAAACUAACUGCACAACUGGACAAACUGAUCGUAUCAUUAAUCUGCCUGGUCUUCCAGCUGAUAUGUUGUUUAAGCAAUAUUCCGGAUUUUUGGAUGGACUUUCAGGACACAAGGUUCAUUAUUGGCUUGUUGAAUCUGAAAACAACCCAUCAACCGAUCCUCUUUUGCUCUGGCUCAAUGGUGGACCUGGAUCCAGUUCUUUGAUGGGAUUGUUCGAAGAGAACGGUCCAUUCCGUGUUAGCAAGGACUCGCAGACACUUUCUCGUAACCCAUAUUCAUGGAACAAGUUUGCUAAUGUCUUGUACUUGGAAAGUCCAAUUGGAGUUGGGUAUUCCUAUGCCUAUAACAACACCAACAUUCAGUAUGAUGAUGUUACGACCGCUCAAGAAAACUAUGCUGCUCUCAAGAGCUUCUUUGCUCAAUACCCUCAAUACACUACAUCUGAUUUCUACACCACUGGAGAAUCCUAUGCUGGAGUUUAUCUCCCAGGACUUUCUGCUCUUCUUGUACAAGGAAUCAAAUCUGGCGAUAUUAAUAUUAACUACAAGGGAGUUUCCAUUGGAAACGGAGUCAUCGACAAGAGAACUGACAUGAAUUCUCAACUUCAUUACCAAUAUUAUCAUGGUGGAAUUUCUGCAACGACUUACAACACUGCCUUGCAGUUGUGCUGCUCUGGAGAUGAGUUCAAGUGCAGGUUCAGCGACCGUAUGACAAACUUCAACAACUCGAUUCCCUGGGGAGACUUGAGCGAUCCAUGCUACGACUUUGUCGUCGCUACUGGAGCUCAACUUCUGUUGACCGCUUUUGAUCCAUAUAACAUGUACCAACAAUGCUGGACUAUUCCGUACAAUGAUACUACUCCACGUACUCCAUACGGAGAGACUUGGACCGGAAUCAACUAUGAAUCGUCCGAUUUCUUGAAUGGUUACCCUUGCUAUGAUGACAGCGCGAUGGAGGGAUACUUGAACCGUCCAGUUGUUAGAAAAGCACUCAACAUUCCAGAUUCCGUUCCAUACUGGGCUGCUAACAACAACAUUAUUAAUGCCUACAAUCAGCAAGUGGAUAGCAUUGUUCCAAAUCUUCAAAUCAUCAUGGCAAACGCUCCUGCAAACUUUAAGAUGCUUUUAUACAGUGGUGAUGCUGACACCAUGGUGAACUGGCUUGGUGCAGAAAUUUUCACAGCUAACAAUUUUGCGGCAUUGGGACUUACUACAUCAAGCCCAAGAGCUCAAUGGACAUUCCAAUAUAACAGUACCUUCCAACCAACAGUUGCUGGAUACCAAACUUCGUACACUUCAAACGCUAUUAAUAUUGAUGUGCUCACUGUUAAGGGCUCCGGUCACUUCGUGCCACUUGAUCGUCCACAGCAAGCUCUUCAAAUGAUCUACAACUUUGUGAAGUCCAGAGGUUACAACACUCCAUUCGAUCUAAAUAGCAAUUUUACUACAACAACAACAACAUCCACCACCACAACAACACCAGGAACUGGACCUACAGUAACAGCAGCCCAAACCACCACAACAACGCCAAGCACUCCAGGCGCCGGUACUACAGGAACACCAGGAACUGGACCUACAGUAACAGCAGCACCAACAAACGGCAUUUCAACUACACAACCAAUUAUUACAACAACUAAAGGUGCUGAAGGCAGAGGAGUCUUGACAAUUAUGGCUACAAUUCUUUCAGUUUUAUUGUUCAAUUAAAUGGAAAAAACUUGUAUCUAUUAAUUUUGCUUGUCUAUGCACAUUGUAUUCCAAAUAAAUUAUUAAAUAGAAAUACUUCAUUAUACUAUUAUAAAUUAUUUGAGAUAUGUAA